CAAACCCGCGCAAUCUCUUCCACUCCCGCUAACCGAUCGCGAUCGCAAGAUAUCUCCCUCCUACGCACCUAUCCGCCACACGCAAUCCGCAAUACAACCCCAACAACCACCAAGGUCCGAGCAAAGACCUCGCCUCGUAUUCCCUCAAUCUACUCAGACCAAACCACAAACCCCAACCCACACCAACCUCUCCGCUUCUCGCGGCGCGCCCAUCUAACUCGAUCGCGCCUCGACCAAAACCCAACUCCACUCAUCUGCUCUGCUUUGCUCGACUUAACUUCACACGACCCAAGAUCCACGCAACAAUGCCAUCCUCCUCCUCACCGUCCCACCCCACCACCACCACCCCUCACCCCGAGGCCCUCGAAUCCGACCUCCUCCACCACCUAACCAGCACGCCCGUCCUCGAAGACCUCCACAGCACACUCCUCAGCUCCCUCCAACGUCUCGGCUGGACGGAACGAAUCCGCAAACUAGCCCAGGAACUCCUCCGCGGUGGACGAUGUGAGCGCUUCGACGAGGUCUUCGAGGCGGUGAUCGCCUCCGCAGAGGGACGGAGACAUCCGAUCUUGAUAGAGGCAAACAAGGCGAAACAGAGCGCCAAUGCCAACACCAACACCAACACCAAUACCUCUAACAGCCAAACUACCAACGGGAUCAAUGACGAUGACGGGAUCGAGAACUUCGAGACAUACGACGUGCGCAUUCCCCAGGCGGUGGUCGACCAAGGGGUCCGGGCCAUCAAAGAAGUCCUUAGGGAUGUGGUGGUCACAGACGACGGAGGUGAUAUCUUGGGAGAUGUAGAGAAUGGACAUAUCAAGGAGGAGGGAGGCGGUAGUGGUGGUGGUGCGACAGAGAAAGUCAAGGGGACUAAGAAUGGGGAUACGGCUAGUCCUGUGAAGAAGGUCGAGAAGAAGCCGAAAACGGGGAAACAAGUCAAGUGAAUGUGGGUUGCUGUUCGUUUGCUUCUUUCUUCUCGUUGGCUGGCGUGGAUACGGGUGUUUAGGUGGUUGGUUGGUUGGUUACUGGGUGUCUUGUCAGGCUGUCUGUCUCGCCGACUAGGUAUAUCUUAUAUCCCCUUUUGCUUUGCUUUGUUUACUUCAUACGGCGUUGAUAGCAUCGGUCACGGGCGUGGAAUGCCCUGGUGUUGUCCUGUUUUUUCUUUUCCUUUCCUUUGGCCUUGCUUUGAUGGGCGGCUGGAAUUUUCAUCCGGCCUUUGCAUACGGAGUCAGUCGUUAUCUUGAUACCAGCAUUAACCUGUGUACAACAGCAGCGGUGGUAAUGCACAUCUCUUUCUUCG